AUGCCAUGCCCGACGUCUAUUCCAUCCGCCACAGCACCGUGGAGGACUACCUCGAGCCCGCCAUCCACGAGAAUCAAGGUCAGCCGCGCCGACCUGCUCGGCGAGCUGCGCCGCCCGGCCAAGUCCGCCGCCUACCGCGCGCUGUGCGGCCAGUGCUGGUUCGUCAUCCGCGCGGGCAUCGCCGAGCCGGACGAGAUCCCGCCCGAGUACGGCGUGCUGAUCGGCCACGACCAGCCACCUGGAACUGGCCCGCCCGGCGCCCAAGCGCGCCUGCAAGCCCGACUUCGCCACCUGGAUGGCGCUGGCCCGUGCGACACCGCUGGCGCUGCCGGAGGAUCCACAAUCGGCCCUCUGACCUGCCUGCCCGAGCCCGCCAUGCCUGCAGCCGACACCACCGCCGAUGCCGCCGUGCAAGCCCUGUUCGACGCCCAGCCCGAGGCCCGGGCCGAGGACUGCCGCACGCUCAGCGCGCUGAUGCAGCGCGUCAGUGGCCAUCCGGCGCGGCUUUGGGGGCGGAUGGUCGGCUUCGGCAGUUACCACUACGUCUACGAGAGCGGCCGCGAGGGCGACACCUUCGAGAUCGGCUUCGCCAGCGGUGCCGGCGGCAAGGGCGACCUGACGCUCUACCUGCACCUGAACUUCGACGUCACCGACAGCGCGCCGUUGCUGACGCGCCUGGGCAAGCACCGCCUCGGCAAGGGCUGCCUCUACCUCAAGCGCCUGUCCGACGUGGACCUCGCCGUGCUCGAGGACCUCUGCGCCGCGGCCGUGCGGCAGCGCCGCGCAUGA